UCUGGGAAAUGUAGUUUCACAGCCCAGCGAGUGGCCGGAAGGUUCGUCCUGCCGCCAAGACUUCCGGGAAAUGUAGUCCGGUGCGGCACCGCCCAGGUAGCGUGAGGGAACCGGGAGUCGGAGGUCUGGAGUGAGGCCUGAAGAGACCCAAAAAGAUGUCGGAGCCGGAGAGAUUUAUCGGCGCCUGCGGGGGACCUCAGAGUGCGGACUGAGGAGGAAGGGCUGCCAGAGACAGUGAGCAUGUAACAGAUCAUCAACAAGAUUUCUGGUAUACUGCUCCCCUUUGAGAGAUAAAGGAGACAAAGACCAGGAAGGGAAGUGCUCCCAAGAAGGGAAAGACCGGAAAAGAAAGCCUUUGGAGAAGACCACAGGAGGGCCAUGAAGGUGCUGCUCCUCACAGGGCUGGGAGCCCUGUUUUUCGCCUAUUACUGGGAUGACAAGUUUGACCCAGCCAGCCUCCAGGGGGCGCGUGUGCUGCUGACAGGAGCCAGUGCAGGUGUGGGAGAGGAGCUGGCAUAUCAUUAUGCCCGCCUGGGUUCCCACCUUGUCAUCACAGCCCAGAGAGAGGCCCUCCUGCAGAAGGUGGUAGGGAACUGCCGGAAGCUGGGCGCACCCAAGGUCUUCUACAUCGCUGCGGACAUGGCCUCCCCUGAGGUGCCCAAGCACGUGGUGCAGUUUGCGCUGGACAAACUGGGAGGGCUGGAUUACCUCGUGCUGAACCAUCUUGGCGCCGCGCCAGCGGGUUCGCGGGCCCGCGACGCCCAGGCGACGCGCUGGCUACUGCAGGUGAACUUCCUGAGUUAUGUGCAGCUGACUUCAUUGGCCCUACCCAGCCUGACUGACAGCAAGGGCUCCCUGGUGGUGGUGUCCUCGCUCCUAGGCCGGGUGCCCACAUCCUUCUCCAGCCCCUACUCUGCAGCCAAGCUUGCGCUAGACGGCUUCUUCAGCUCCCUGAGGCGAGAGCUGGAUGUGCAGGAUGUGAAUGUGGCCAUCACCAUGUGCGUCCUGGGCCUCCAGGAUCUUGCUUCUGCCACUGAGCGAUUCAGGGGCAUCACGAGGGCCAAAGCAGCCCCAGGGCCCAAGGCAGCCCUGGCUGUGAUCCGUGGCGGCGCCACACGUGCCUCCAGAGUCUUCUACCCGUGGCGUUUUCACCUGCUCUGCCUGCUCCGGGGCUGGUUGCCACAACCACGGCCCUGGUUCAUCCGCCAGGAGUUCAACAGCACAGCCACCGCUGCGGCCUAAGUUUCAGUUCUUUAUUGUCCCAGAAGAGGACCCUCCAUCCAGCAGCCCCAGAGCGCCCUCUCAGAGAGUGGCCGUGGCCCAAGGUGGAGUCAUCAAGGCAGCAAAAGAAGAGGAAAAGACCUCCCAGCACCUGGAGACAGUCAGAGCCCUGGUGUGCAAGCACCUUGUCGGGGUUUUGGAGAGGCAUUACCUGCAUCUUGGCCUUCAUUCAUACUGAUUCCAUUUUACAGAUGAGAAAACUGAGGUUCACAGAGGUGAUACAACUUGUCCCAGGGCCACAUCUGACAGGCCACACUAUCCUGAGUCACCCUUGGAACCCUCUUCAUCUCCCACCUGAAACCACUGGGUCCUUUAUCUGUUCUCAUUUGUUUUCAAAGCAGUCCACCUGGUGGUGGGGCUGAGGAGGAGAGGGGAAGAAUGUGUUUGGGGCUGGACCCAGCUUCUCCUUUCAUAAUAAAAAUCUGUUUUCUCCA